AUGCCAUUUGGACAGAUUGUGGUAGGACCACCAGGCUGCGGUAAAACAACAUACUGUUAUGGAAUAUCCCAGUUCUACAAAGCAACGGAACGUUCAGUAGCAAUUGUAAAUCUCGAUCCUGCAAACGAUGGACUGCCAUACAAGGCAGAUAUAGAUAUUUCUGAAUUGGUAACCCUUGACGAUGCCAUGGAAACUUAUGGAUUGGGUCCAAAUGGAGGCAUGAUUUACUGUAUGGAGUAUCUCGAGGCAAAUAUGGACUGGCUAAUUGAAAAGCUGCAGCCAAUUAAAGAUAAAUAUAUCCUAUUCGACUGUCCAGGCCAAGUUGAGUUGUACACUCAUCAUCAAUCAGUCAAACGAAUUUUGGAUAGACUAUCAAAGGAUAUGGAUUUUAGAUUGUGUGCAGUGCAUCUGGUUGACUCGCAUCACUGUGUGGAUCCCUCAAAAUACGUAGCCAUGCUAUUGCUUUCACUCAAGACAAUGAUCCAGUUGGAGCUUCCUCAUGUCAAUGUACUGUCUAAAAUUGAUCUGAUUGAAUCUUAUGGUAAACUAGCAUUUGGACUGGAUUUUUAUACCCAAGUACAAGAUUUGUCGUAUCUAUCAGAUUGGCUUAAUGCAGACCCGCUGUUAAAGCGGUAUGGCAAGCUAAACGAAUCACUUUGUGGACUAGUGGAAGAUUUUGGACUGGUAGGGUUUACUACAUUGUGCAUCGAGGACAAGGAAAGUGUAUUACAUUUGGCUCAAUCCAUUGACAAGGCAAAUGGGUACAUUUAUGGUGGUUUAGAAAAAAGCAACGAGUCGAUCUUUAUGACAGCUGAGCGAUUUGAUGCAUGGGAUCAAUAUUCACGCAAUAUUGCUGAACGAUACAUGAUGUCUACCGAUGGAGAUGGUGACGAUAAUCACAAUGCGGAUGGUCUGCUUGGAGACAUUCGAGAGCAUGAAUAG